ACUCACCAGCACCCUUAUCCCUCCCUGCCCCCGAGCCCUUAUCCCUCCCUCCCCCGGAGCUCUCGGCGAUGGCGACUGCCCUCAGAAAUCCCACCUUCCGGCCGCCUCUCCCCACUUUGUCUUCCACUUCUCAUAAACCCUUAUGCGUGUCUUUGAGACACCCCAGUAGUUUCAGACCUUUUUCUCUAGCCUCUCUGCAGUCGGGGAAUAUAGCAUCGCCACGGGUAGUAAAGUUUGUGCCCUUCGCUUUCGAUGGGGAAGCCGAGACCGCCGAGGCUCAGGAAAUUCAUGGACCAGAAGUCCUAGAUUCCUCAGAUGGUGUUGUUGGUGCAGAGGACAAUACAGGUGACAGUGAAGUUAUUGAUGCUGAGGAAACACCGGUGUCACCCCUCCUAACGUUAUUUCAGUCUUAUAAAGAAGCAGUAGCUGAGAAUGAUGAAACCAAAAUUACUGAGUUGGAGUCAUUGUUGAAAUCCAUUGAAGAUGAGAACAAUGGUCUUGAAAGAAAAGUUACUUCUUUGUCUCAAGAGCUGUCAAUAGAAAAAGACCGGAUCCUGAGAAUUAGUGCUGACUUUGACAAUUUCCGCAAGAGAACUGAAAGAGAACGCCUUUCACUGGUUACAAAUGCUGAAGGGGAAGUUGUGGAAAGUUUAUUGCCUGUACUGGAUAAUUUUGAGAGAGCAAAAACUCAGAUCAAGGUGGAGACAGAGGGAGAGGAAAAGAUAAAUAACAGCUACCAAAACAUAUAUAAACAGUUCAUUGAAAUCCUAACCUCGCUUGGGGUUGAACCAGUGGAGACAGUUGGAAAACCCUUUGAUCCUUUGCUGCACGAAGCAAUUAUGCGUGAAGAUUCCGCUGAAUUUGAGGAGGACAUCAUAAUUGAAGAAUUCAGGAAGGGUUUCAAACUUGGGGAAAGACUCUUGCGUCCGUCAAUGGUGAAGGUAUCAGCUGGUCCUGGACCUGCGAAGCGUGAGGGGGAUGAACCACAAGAACAAGAUACAAGUGAAAUGCCUGAGAGUAGUCAAGAAAAUGAGGGCAGUGCAGAAUCGGAGUCUGUUUGAAAGAUCAAAUUUUGUGCCUGGGUUCGGUUUUCUAGAAGUAGCAGUAAGUUCAAUAACCAGAAACAUAAUAUUGGGUGUAAAAGUUGCUGAAGAAACAUUGAAGCGUAGCUCUUGCGAAAAAAAAAAAGAAGAUACUGUUUUUAAGAUUUUGAUUUGUUAUUACAGUUUUGCUUGCCCUCACGUAUGGCUUCAAUGCUUCAUAGAGUUGAGUUAUUUCUCAUGAA